GUGGCUGGGGGCGGCAGCCUCAAAAAUACACCGCAACCACACCGCGCGGCUCCACCGCAGAAGCCGCCAUCUUCCACCGCCGAACCGAAACGAGACCGCGCGAGUUAAACACCCUAUCCUACUUCCUCCGAGUAGAAGCUGCCCUGCCACCCGCCGAAGCAACGGCCAGGUGAAGAAUCACCAUCGCCGCGACCGCGACCAGCUCUGGCACCAUCCGGUGAAAAACAUCCGCGAGGGAUAUCUCCGCGCGAUCCACGCGGCGGAAAAAUUUCGGAUCGCAGUGUUGACGUGCGCGCACCAAGAUGUACCAUCGAUGGAUCGCGAUCGUCGGCUGGAUCAUUACGAGUUGAAGGCUCCACGAAAGUCUGUGUUCAAGUUUCUCCGAUUGUCAUUUACGGUUUGACACCGUUCCUGUGAUUGAUCAAGACUUCGAUCGACGAGAGAGAGAUACACGUGACAGAUGCUGUGCGCGGUACUCGCCAAAGUUUCGCGAAACUUGGCGCGGUGAGCGCGAAAACAUAGCGAUUUGAAAAAAAAAAAAAAACUCUUUUCGAUAUAUAUAUAUAUAUCCUGGUAUAUAAUUUUAGUGGAAAAAAAAAUGGUGAGCGAAUUUGAUUGCCAUCGAGGAUAAAAAUCGCUGGCGCGAGAUGGUGUUUUAAACGAUACGUGUGAUAUUAAAAAAUAAAGGUACGAGUCUGUUCGGAUCUUCGGAUUUCCGUGUUUCGUGCGCAGCCACGAGUGUUUCUUCGUCGAAGAUAAGAAGACGGAAGACUCGAUCAAAGAAUCAGAUAUAAGGGUCGCCGAGAUUGCCGACGAUUCCAAUAAAACGAAUUUUCUCCGCGAGUUGGCAAUCGAGACGAAGAAGAAUUUGCAAACGGAUGCUUCCGCUCGCGGCAGGAUAAUGAAAUAAGGAUCAAAGGAGCCUAGGGCCCCGCGAGGGCCGAGAAAAGCCGCCGAGGAACUGCGCGCGUGCCACUCUCGGAGAAAACAAAUUCGAUUCUCGCUGGCAGGAGAUAUCAGCGUGCAUUCGUAAUGCGUUCUUUGCCGUUGACGAGACCACGAGUUUACGCUUGCGAGAUACUUGAACGAUCGUCGAGUCGGCCUGAUACAUUCACGACCAAUCGUAAACGUCGAGAUAUGACAAACGAUCGAUUCUAAUGAGGAAACUUGAAUUUGCAGAAUAAACAGAUUGCAAUAAAAAUUGAUAAAGUUAUAUACAUAUAUAUAUAUAUAUCACAAACGCAAACGUAUCAUCCAAGGACCAAGCAUCAUAUCGACAUUGAUCGAGAAAGAAAUCGAUUUUCUCACGUGUACAAUUACUUUGUCUAAAAUUUGGAAAAAAUCCCACGUAAACAAUUGAGCAACCGAGCUCAUCCGGAAAGCUUGCAGGGAAAGGUGAUAUCUCGAGCGAGAGAACUAAUGAUAUCGUUCUCAUGACGAAUCCUUCGCGAGAUGCUCGACCCGAGGAUCGGCCUGCCGGCCUAAACUAUCCUGAUCCUAGGUCAGUGCGUGGUGGUCACCAGCCGCAUCAAGCGAAUCCGGUGAGCCAGAUCGGCGGGCCGAGAAUACGGAAAACUCGGGCCUCAUCCUCGAGGAGAAGAAUGCACCUGGCUAACGAGGUCCCUCCUCAAGGUUCAACCGGCGGAAAUCACCUCCCCGAUUAUGCUCUCACCGCUGAUUUGCUCGCCGAGAGAACACUGGAUGGGCUUCUCGCCGAGCAUCCCGGAGAACUCAUUCGCACAGGUUGCCCACAUGUGGUUUGCACGGUAUUGCCGUCACAUUGGAGGUCUAACAAGACCUUGCCGGUAGCCUUUAAGGUAGUAGCUCUCGGCGAGGUCGGAGACGGUACCCUCGUGACUGUACGAGCCGGAAACGAUGAAAAUUGUUGCGCGGAAUUGCGAAAUUCUACCGCCCUAAUGAAAAAUCAAGUCGCCAAAUUCAACGAUCUCAGGUUCGUCGGUAGAAGUGGCAGAGGGAAGAGCUUCACCCUGACGAUCAUGCUGCAGACAUCGCCGCCGCAGGUGGCCACGUUGUCGAAGGCGAUCAAGGUGACCGUGGACGGUCCCAGGGAGCCGCGUUCAAAGACACGACAUCAGGCCUUUCAUCCCUUUCACUUCGGGCCUCGUCCGUUCCCUUUCGGACACCCGCAGGACCCGUUGGGAUUUAAGCUGUCGGGAUUGCAACACCUGGGUCUUGAGCAAGGAGCGGGCCAGGGAUGGGGCGGGUUACCCCGAGGAUCUCUACCACCGCACUGUCUUCCACCUCCCCCCGGCCACCAUCCGCACACACAUCCACAACCAACAGUUGGUGCAUCGGCCUUCAACCCUUUCCACCAUGCCAUCGAACAAAGAUCCCCGAGGCUGCCUGGACCUAACGCCGAAUCCGCAAGGGGCGACUUGGGUCCUAUCAGCGUGUCCGUCCGAGAAGUGACGCCGACAACAUCACCCGGGAACCCUGGACCAGGCCUGCUGACGACGGCCUCCGUGACAGCGUCGACGCCUCCCACCGAGUCGACCACUACCACGACGCCCAACUCAUCCGGGCAUCACUCACAUUUUCAAGGUUUUCAUUUACUGGGUGCUACAGGAUCUAUCUUCGGAUCGAUAUUCGCGCCAUUAUUACCGCAAUCCUCUUGGCUCUAUAACCCUCUGUACCAUACGCAGCAGUACAUCCUGGAGCCGGAAUGGCACGCUCUGGCUCUGAGGAUGGCCCAGCAGCGACUUCAGAGACCGGAUCAGGCCCGAUUGGAGGAGCUCAGAAAACUCAGAAGCAGCAGCGACAGUCCUGAGAGCAGUACGAAGGACGAAGAGCGACGGGGAGAUGAUCAAGGCGUUUUACGUCAAUCCGGAUUAGAUAGUCCAGACGAUAGCAUCGAGGUGGACGAUAGAAACGAUCAGGAUUUGAAUAGAGACCGCGUGAGAAGUGACGAAUCUAUACCCGAGCAAGAUUCUCCGAGAAUCUCGCCGAUCAGAAGCGAUUUGGAAGACGCAGCGUCCACGGACGCUACUUUCCAGGAAGCGUCGAUUCACUUACGGCAAAGCAUAGAGAAUUUGAAUGACUCGGAUCUUCAGAUCGAUCAGGAACAGGUCGCUCGUCGCGGUGAUCUUACUGUGAAAAUUCGUUUAGAGGGCACGGUCGAUCUUAGCACGAAGAAAGGCCAGGAUAAAGAAAACGUCGGUCAGGAUCUGACGACGCGAAGAAAGGAGGAUGGAAUAGACGUCGAGAGAGAAGCCAUCCGAUCACGAAGAGAGAGAAGUCCCAAGCCUAGACAGGUGUGGAGACCUUAUUAAGAAUUAAAACAAUAAUAUAGUCGUUCCGCGAGAAUCCAUCGAGCGCGACGAUUUUAACGAAUUCCAUGAUCAAGACGACGAUUAAAAUAAAUAUGGUCCGUAGAUAAAUUUUAUUAUCGUGUGUUCUUCUCUCGAAAAGAAAAACUUGAUUUUUAUCGAGAAAUAGCGCAUGCGCUGAUUAAUCUCGUCUCGAUGAUUCGAGAUUAAAUUCGGAAGCAGAGCUUGCACGAUGUUGUAGAUAAAUGUUUAGCAAUGCUAAGCGAUAUAUCAUCAUCGUCAAGUUGUUGAGAAAUAAAUGGAACACGCUCAUAGAACAUCUCGCGCGAUGUAACCCCCGCGGUGAAACGUCUACUUGAAAAUUAUGUAUCAAAAUUUUCGGGCGAACCUUUUGUCGGAGUUACUUAUCUAUCCCUAUGCCCAUUGCGGUAUCGUCUAAGAACUGUCAUGGACUCGAGGACUAACCAGGGUUUACGUUCGCAUAUAGUAUGUACAUAUACAAUAUAACGUCCGAUUAUUAUCUAGGUUAAUGUUUCAAAUACACGUUAAGCACCAUCCUCCCGUCAUUCCGAUUAAGAAUACUUAAACUUGCUGAAUGUCUCAUCGACUACACGAGUACGCGGUUAAAACACGCCUGCGCGCGCAUACGAUUCUGAAAAAUAAUCUUUUUUAAAUCAGGCUGUAUUUUUCAUGACAUCGUUUUUCAAGUUAUUUCCUCAGAAUAUUGUACCAUCAAUGUUUUUUGAAAAAAAGAUUUGAGUAAAGAAAAUACUCGUGUAGCAGAUGACAUUUAGUUUCCCGGUACAAGCGAAAUUACGAGUAGUUGACGUUGUAAAUAAAUACCACAAUCCUAAAAACUUCAAAUCCUGGCCAAGUCACAUCCUCUAUCGAAUUGUCUCUUUUUUUGGAGACUAAACGUCGUCGUCGUUUGAGGCGAAAAAAAUAUCGAUAUAUGGAAAAACUUCAUUGUAUAAUUAUAUCGUUCAUAAGAUCCACAAAUUGUUUUAACGACAUUGUAUGUAUGCGUGACUAUUGGCCUUAAUCAAAAUCAUUCAUUGUUUAAGUACGUCAUCACGAAUAAAGUAAUAUCAUCCGUUCCACGA